UCAAGUUCCGAAAAAGAUAAUUGGUCGGAAAAUUUUUUUUUUUAAAAAAAGGAAAAAUUUUGAACCCACCAUGAGCCCCUUCACCGCCACCACCACCACCACCACCACCACCACCUCUUCUUCUUCUUCUUCUUCUUCACCUCUCCUCCACCUCCUCCUCCCCAACACCCCCACCCUCCACCUCUCCCCCCGCCACGGCACCCUCCCCUGCGGGGCCCACCGCACCCCCACUCCCUCGUCGACACCAAAUCUCAAGCCCAACCCCACUCCCUCCCCUUCUCCUCUCCUCCUCCGCCGCAGAGAGGCCGCCGCCGCCGCCGCCGCCGCCGCCGCCGCUGCGGCGCUCUUUUUUCCCCACCUCGCCGCCGCCGCCGCCGCCGAGUGCGAGAUCACCGUCGCCCCCUCCGGCCUCGGCUUCUGCGACAGCGUCGUCGGGACCGGCGCUGGCGCCGCCAAGGGGCAGCUCAUCAAGGCGCAUUACGUUGGGAGGUUGGAGAAUGGGGAGGUGUUUGAUAGUAGCUAUGGGCGCGGGAAGCCAAUCACUUUUCGCGUCGGCGUCGGCGAGGUCAUUAAAGGGUGGGAUCAAGGGAUACUAGGCGGUGAAGGGAUUCCACCUAUGCUUGCUGGUGGUAAGCGCACACUAAAGCUUCCUCCAGAACUCGCCUACGGGGCGAGGGGAGCAGGAUGUAGGGGAGGCUCUUGUAUUAUUCCGCCUGAUUCAACUCUUCUGUUUGAUGUUGAAUUCCUCGGCAAGGCAUAGGAUGCUGUAUUGGAGAGAUUCAUCGGAAGAGAAGCAUGUUGGUUACACAUCCUGGACUAGAACUCAACGGCAAUUUACGUUCCAUGCUACCAUGACUUAAUCCGAGAUGAUAUCUCAUCCUGUAUUAUGUUAUGAAGUAGUCUAUAAUUUUUUGAAAGUAAAAUGAUGUGUAGUUUCAGUAACAGCAAUAUGCUAUAAAAUCUCAAAAAUACUGGUUGUUCUGCAUUCAAAUUUGUUGUCUAAAUGAUUGCAAGAUAUUGUGUAUUUCAAAGUAAUGCUUGUGACUUCGGUA